GUCUCCUCAUUGUUUGCCACACCACCAAGAUCCAGCUGCCAGAGGGUUUUCGGAAAGAGAUGGUGCGCUACCUGCGCUCUGUGCAGCUCCCGGACGGAGGCUGGGGCUUGCAUGUGGAAGACAAAUCGACAGUGUUUGGCACAGCACUCAACUAUGUAGCCCUGAGGAUUCUGGGGCUCGGACCAGAUGACCCUGACAUUGUGCGGGCCCGUGUCAACCUUCACAGCAAAGGAGGUGCUGUGGGAAUCCCUUCCUGGGGGAAGUUUUGGCUGGCUGUCUUGAACGUUUACAGCUGGGAGGGAAUGAACACGCUUCUCCCAGAGAUGUGGCUGCUUCCUACGUGGUUCCCAGCCCACCCAUCCCAGCUCUGGUGUCACUGCCGCCAGGUUUACCUUCCCAUGAGCUACUGUUAUGCCAAGCGUCUAUCAGCAGAAGAGGAUGAGCUCAUACGGAGCUUGCGGCAGGAGCUGUAUGUGCAAGACUACACCAGCAUAGACUGGCCAGCCCAGAGGAACAACGUGGCUGCCUGUGAUGUGUACACCCCGCACGGCUGGCUGCUGGGGGUUGCCUAUGCCAUCAUGAAUCUGUACGAAGCCUACCACAGCACUCACCUGCGGCAGCGAGCCAUCACAGAGCUGUACGACCACAUCAAAGCUGAUGACAGAUUCACCAAGUGCAUCAGCAUUGGCCCGAUUUCAAAGACAAUAAACAUGCUGGUUCGCUGGUUCAUGGAUGGGAAGAACUCCCCGGCUUUCCAGGAGCAUGUUUCCAGGAUCCCUGACUAUCUCUGGCUGGGCGUCGACGGCAUGAAGAUGCAGGGCACAAAUGGAUCCCAGCUCUGGGAUACUGCCUUUGCCAUCCAAGCCUUCUUGGAGGCGGAAGCCCAGAAGAUGCAUGAAUUCACAUCCUGCCUCCAAAAUGCCUAUGAGUUCCUCCGGUUCACCCAGAUCCCAGAGAACCCACCCGACUACCAGAAAUAUUAUCGCCAUAUGAACAAGGGUGGCUUCCCCUUCAGUACCCGAGACUGUGGCUGGAUUGUGGCAGACUGCACAGCAGAGGGGCUGAAGUCAGUCAUGCUGCUGCAGAAGUGCCCCUUCAUAGCCAAGCUCAUCCCUGCUGAGCGCCUCUUCGAUGCCGUGAAUGUGUUGCUGAGCAUGAGGAACUCAGAUGGAGGCUUUGCCACAUAUGAAACCAAGCGAGGAGGCCACUUACUGGAGCUGAUGAACCCCUCAGAGGUGUUUGGUGACAUCAUGAUCGACUACACCUAUGUUGAGUGCACAUCGGCCGUCAUGCAGGCUCUGAGACACUUCCAUGAUGAGUUCCCUGAGCACAGAGCCCCAGAGAUCAGGGAGACUCUGCAGAAGGGCCUGGACUUCUGUCGCAGGAAGCAGCGAGCUGAUGGGUCAUGGGAAGGGAGCUGGGGGGUUUGUUUCACCUAUGGCACCUGGUUUGGUCUGGAGGCGUUCGCCAGUAUGCAGCACACUUACCGUGAUGGGGCUGCAUGCCGAGAGGUGGCCCAGGCCUGCCAGUUCCUCCUCUCCAAACAGAUGACAGAUGGCGGGUGGGGAGAGGACUUUGAGUCAUGCGAGCAGCGCACGUACGUGCAGAGUGCCACGUCGCAGAUCCACAACACAUGUUGGGCCCUGCUGGGGCUCAUGGCUGUCAGGUACCCUGAUGUCGAUGUGCUGGAAAGGGGCAUCAAAGUGUUGAUUGAUAAGCAGCUGCCCAACGGGGACUGGCCUCAGGAGAAUAUUGCUGGAGUGUUCAACAAGUCGUGUGCCAUCAGUUACACUGCGUACCGCAAUGUCUUCCCCAUCUGGACGCUCGGGCGUUUCUGCCGGCUUCAUCCCAACAGCCCUCUUGCUGGGCAGCUGCAGUCUGGCUCCUCAGCUGGGGUGGGGGAGACUGUGAAGGAGGCCUUGUCUGCCCAGGCCAUUGCAGGUGCUGUGGCCUCUGACUUGUUCUAG